AUGGGAGCUCGAACCGUAUCGGCCACCGGGCUGAUCCUCUCAUCACGAACGACUUCGACUGUCUGUUCCCAAUGCCUCCGCGAUGACCUCCGUUUCGCGCAUCUUGCUCUCCAAUCCCGCAAAUACCACCCCACACGUCGGCGAGAUGCCUCGCCGUUUGGAGCUGCCGUGUCGGCGGCUCAGGCCAUCUUCAAGGGAAUGCCGAAGGCGCCUCCAGGUAUCUCUGUUGACCCGUUGAGAAUGGUCGGAAAAGAACUCAAGUUCCUCACCAAGAAUAUCCGUCAAUUGCUUGGAUCGGGCCAUCCAGCCCUGGAUAAGGUCGCCAAGUACUAUACUCACAGCGAGGGCAAGCACAUGCGGCCCAUGCUUGUCCUUCUCAUGUCCCAGGCCACAGCCUUGGAUCCGCGCAAGCACCACACCUACACGGACAAACCGAGCCCAGUCGAUUCUGCCUUUAGUGCGCCAUCCAUCCUCGAAGACGCCAACCCAGAAAUGAACCCGCUCGUGGCCCCGGCCGCCGAGAGCAAAUAUGAUGUUACGGGAGAUGACAACAUCCUACCCUCACAGCGCCGACUAGCCGAAAUCACAGAGCUGAUUCACACCGCAUCUCUCCUGCACGACGAUGUCAUUGAUAAUGCUGUCACGCGUCGCGCCAACAGCUCCGCGAACCUGGCGUUCGGGAAUAAGAUGGCCGUCCUGGCGGGUGACUUCUUGCUUGGACGUGCCUCGGUGGCACUGGCUCGUCUACGUGAUCCUGAGGUCACCGAGCUCAUGGCAACUGUAAUUGCUAAUUUGGUGGAGGGCGAGUUCAUGCAGCUGAAGAACACUGCGCAAGACGAAUCAAAACCCGUUUACACCGACGAGACCCUUUCCUACUACCUCCAGAAGACCUACCUGAAGACGGCCAGUCUGAUCAGCAAGUCCUGCCGGUCUGCUGCAGUUCUCGGCCGGAGUGCUCCGGAGGUGAUCGAGGCAUCAUACGCCUAUGGUCGCAAUCUGGGUCUGGCGUUCCAGCUUGUUGAUGACAUGUUGGAUUACACCGUCACCGAGGCAGAGAUGGGCAAGCCAGUUGGUGCUGAUUUGGAGCUUGGUUUGGCGACUGCGCCGCUCCUUUUCGCGUGGAAGAGUAACCCGGAGCUUGGUCCUUUGGUUGGACGGAAGUUCCGUGAGGAGGGUGAUGUACAGCGGGCCCGCGAGCUUGUUUACCGUAGCGACGGUGUUGAGCAGACCCGUGCUCUCGCCCAGGAGUACGCUGACAAGGCCGUUGCUGCCAUCAGCGACUUCCCAGACAGUGAUGCUAAGACUGGUCUGAUUGAAAUGUGCCAGAAGGCCAUGAACCGGAGGAAGUAG